AUGGAAGACGUUUGGGGUCGUGGCGUUAAACGCCACGCAGAGGACAGCGACAACGGGGCCAGUGGCCCCAAAAGACGUGCUGGAGCUCAGCCGUCCAAGGAAAUCAGCGGCAAUACCGUCCCCUUGCCCGCCCCUAUGCGCCUCCCAAAUGAGACGCUCCUUCACAUUGCCGGCUACCUCGAAGAGCCCGAUCUCUGGGCGCUCUCCCUUGUCAACCGCCGCUUCGCUGUCGUGGCCACGGGACUGCUGCGAAAGCAGCUCUACAACGACCGCCGGAGAUGCAUGGAAGUCCUUCUGUGGGCUGUCGAGGUCGGCAACAACAAGCUGCUGCGAGAGUUGCUUGAGCGCGGCGUGAACCCAAACUUCUACUUCCGGUCAGCCAUCCUCAGGUCCCGCUUGUUGGAUGUCAUUGCCGCACAGGGACGACGCGGAACCCCAAACCCUCACAAGGACCGCGCGCUGGCCGCUGAGCUAUACCGGGAGCACUACUGUCGUGACCUCCGCGAGCGGAAGCACGUGCUUUGGCUCCGCUGUGCCGCCGCACGCGAGACUCCGAUGGAGCAAGAUCUGGACUGGAACCUCCUUCAUGCCCACAUCGUUGAGCGACCGCAUUUACCCAAAGACUUCGGCGUUGUGGGGUUUUCCGGACUCAGCAAUAUCCGGAUGUACUGGGCUUGGACACCUCUUCAUGUUGCUGUCCAGCGAGGGGACAAUGAUGCAGUUCGCCUCCUUCUCCAUCACGGCUCGGACAUCAAUGCCCAGUGCUGGGGCUUAUGCGACUGUGCCGCCCUGAGCCUCGACAGCGUGGACACUACCGCUGAUUCCGUCGUACCACAUCGCUUCCGGUCAACCUGGACACCAUUGCACGUGGCGAUAUGCUCUGGUCACGAAGAGACGGCAAAGCUCCUCCUUGACCACGGUGCGUGGAAGUUGACGGGCGGGCUUGUUCACCAAGUGCCCACUGUGCACCGGAAGGUUCGGCUUAAUAUGACAGCGCUCCACACCGCGAUUUCUGUCGGCAACGCUCAGAUGUGCAAGAUGCUUCUCCGGGAGCUUCCCUUGGAGGCGUGGUAUGACCGGAGAGUCCGUGGAUACCAGUGUCCUUUGCUUGUUGCCGCAGCCGAAGGCCACAUCCAGACUGUUGGCAAAGUGCUGUUAGAAAGCGGAGCCAGAUUGGUUUCCGAUGCUUACCCCUUAGAAGAGCAAGAGGGUGUGGUCAUCCGGGAUCCACUGAGUUUCCUUUGUUUGCAGUACAGGUACGACGACGCGAGAUGGCUUAUCGAGUUUUACCAAGCUUCCAACUGCUAUCCCGUUGGUGAUCCCGCGCACCAUUUCACCAGGAGCCUCGCGGUUCUAUGCGGCCUGCACCCGCGCAAAGUCUAUCACAAGCUCUCCCUCCGCGAAAGACAAGAUCACCUGUACCGCCUGAACUUGUCCGACCUGAGCUGGCCGGCACAGAAACCCGGCACACCGGAAGAGAUCGAGGCUAGCAAGCCUGAAAGAGUGCUACUCGCUCAAACACUCCUGUCACUGGGUGCGGAUCCGGACCAUCAAGAGGACGAGCGCAGGUCGUGGAUGCAGCUGUGGACUUUGAGUGGGACGCAAGACUGGGGAUGCGUUGAUAUCGGCCGGAGCCCACUCCAGAUUGCCGCAAGCUAUGGGUUUGCUGAGAUGGUCAAACUUCUCAUCUCCCAUGGGGCAAAGUUUGAUAUGCCCCCCAACUGGCGGCGCGUUCCCUCGGAGCUACCCUUGAUGUUGGCUGCCAAACAGGCUCUUACUACAACCGGCAACCUUGAGACUGUCAGGGCGCUCCUAGACGCCGGAGCCUCUCUGGAGAAUCCCGGCGACGAAUCCAUCCUGAUUUAUCUCUACAAGCUCCGGCCGCGCCCCAAUAUUCUGACCUCUUCAGAUCACGAUUGGCCUAGCUGGCGCAAGUGGCUCUCCAUCGUGGAGCUAUUCUUACAGCAUGGCGCGGCCCAUCAUGCGAGCCCCGACAAAUGGAAGAAGGUCCUGCUGCAGGCUUGCGAACCUGGCAACCUGCCGUACUGCGAGAUGCUCGAGAAGGCGCGGCCCCUGAGCGACUUCGACUCCGAAACCCUUUCUGCCAUGCUGGGCCUGAUCGUCAGACGUUGCUGGUUAUUCCCGCCUCCGGGGCUUACCCACCAGGGACCCCCGGGAUUCACCCAGGACACUGAGAUGGUCGGCUGGGUGCUCCGUCACUGUGUGGACGGCGAAGGUCGAAUGAUUAUCCCGCGUCAGGUGGUGAGCGAUCUGCAGCAGGAGGCCUACAGUCGCCAUAUGCACCGAAUCGUUGAGCGGUUGCGCGAGUUCCUCGCUCGCGGGGAGACGACCGAGCCCGAGACGCCGUCUUCGUCUCGGCCUUCGAUGGAGAAUUCUUGA